AUUUUUCAUUUUUGAGUCGUAACACUCAAUAGUGAAACAGCGGCGUGCGCUUCGGUCGUAUUGUUUUUAAAGGUUUUUUUUUUUGUGUUUUGGCAUUGGUUUUUGUUUCAGCCAGUUGACAAAAAGGUUUUAGUGUUUUGUGAUUUUGUUUUUUUUAAGAUGAUGCCGUAAUGACGUAAUCUUUCAAGAUGGCCGACCAAGAGGGACCUGUCACUGUCAGCGACUUGCCAAUAACAUUCCAAGUAAAAUAUUUAGGUCAGAGUGACGCACGAGGACUAUGGGGCAUCAAACACACAAGAAAACCAGUUGAUCUGAUGGUAGCAGCCGCCAAAGCCUUACCACCAGGUGAAACGCUGCCAAUAGUGAAACUAACCAUCACGGUAGACGGUGUGCACUUGGAAACCGUUCAGCGACGAGACGACAUGGAGCAUAUGGCUGUCUUCUUCAACAUCGAGUCCAUCUCAUACGGUGUACAAGACCUGGUCUACACCAGGGUUUUCUCCAUGAUAAUCGUCAAAGACAAUGCUGAUGUGAAGGGAUUGAAUCCGUUCGAAUGUCACGCAUUUGUCUGUGAGUCAAGAAACGCUGCCAGACGACUAACAUACUCACUGGCUGCUGCCUUCCAAGAUUACUCCCGCAGGGUCAAGGAAAUGCAAGUCUCACCAGACUUAAACGAGAAGCCUCCAAGCUUAAAGAAGAGAUUUGCGAUAGACCUUCGAAGUCCAGAAGAGAUAGAAGCAGAAUUGGAGACAGAAGCAUAAUAAUUUAUUUAUUUAUUUAUAAUGUAAUAUAAUGUAAAUAAUUUAAUCAAGUAGUUUUAAUAAAUGAGUUGUGUUUGAA